AUGCCAAACUUUUUCGAGCGCGCGAGCGCUGGUUUGAGUUCGCUGCUCAACGACGCGACGAUCCGCGCUCGCGCCGCGAAAUCCACCGGUGCCGCGCUCGGGCGCGCGGGCGGAGACCUCGGGGAGCGACUCAUCGAGGCGCUGAAGACAGCGGCGCGCGUUCGUAGGGAUGGCGCGCUGGAGACGAGCGAACUGUGUGAUCUGCAAGUCGGCGUAAACUGUUACGCCGACUCGCCGGGAUUCAUGCGGACGCAAUUGUGGGAGUCGUUGCUCGACCGAGCGGAGCGCGAACGCGGGGACGAUGGACGCGCGAGGUCGGGAGCGGACGCGGGACGAUCGGAGGAGGGGGAGACGCUGGAUGACAUGUGCGCGAUUCUCGCCGCGGAUGGAUAUUACGAGACGCUGCAGGAGGCGUUCGAGGCGAAGAGCGAGCGCGAGCGCGAAGCCGAGAACUCGGGGUCGACGGGAGAUGGACGCGAUGGUAAAGAAUGGCGAGAGAACGUCGGGGCAUCGAUCGAGCGGGAUCUGAAGCGGACAUUUCCGCACCACGAAUUUUUUGUUGCGUCCACCGCGAAGGGCGACGCGGGCCGCGCGGCGUUGGCAAACAUACUCAAGGCGUACGCCAUGCACGAUUCUAAGGUUGGAUACUGUCAAGGGAUGGCGUUCGUCGCCGGAUUGCUGUUGAUAUAUCUCCCCGAGAAUCGCGCGUUCGCGGCGUUUGUGACGUUGAUGGAGGGAAGCGACUUUCGUUCUAUGUACGUGCACAGCAUGGAGGGACUGAAGGUGCGUCUUCGUCAACUCGGGGCGGUGGUGCGAGCGAAGAACCCGACGCUGGCGCAUCACUUAGAGGCACACGACGUCACGCCCGUGCUGUACGCCUCCGGUUGGUUCAUGUCUGCUUUUGCGUCCGACUUUCCGGUGCGCUUCAGCGGUCGCGUCAUGGAUUGUCUCCUGGCUCAGAGAUCGCCCUCGCUCAUCAUGCGCAUCUGUCUCGCCAUAUUGAACGAAGCAGCGGGUGAUUUGCUCAAACUGGGCGAUUUCGAGGCUAUCGUGGUGUACCUGCGAACAGAGCCGCGGGCGUGGUCUUACGAGCGCCUGAACGCCGUCAUGGAAAGCGCUCUCAGUAUGCACGACCUCACGGACGAAAACGUCGAGCGUAUGGACAAGGGAGCCGUCGCGACGGAAGACGUCGUCCAAUGCACGCCGUCACCUGCGCUGGCGAAGGGUCCCUCGACCGAGGAUCCGCUGAUCGACGCGUCGGACGUUGCGGAGUCUCCGCGUUCACCCGCCCACGCGCGCUCGCCAUCCGCCGUGGACGACGAUAAGAUCCUCGACGUGAUCGCGAUGCUUGACGAUUGGACGACGAUAGAAUACGACGCUGAGAACGAAUAG